AUGGCUUCUGAUAAGCGAGCCACUUUUUCCUUCAAGAAAAAGCAGAAGCUCCUUGUCGAUUUUGAGAAGGUGGCGGCGGCUGGGGAGCACCAACUGGUGGGGGCGGUUGGAGAGGACCUCCAGGAAGUGGCAGCUGGAGAGCACCAACUGGUGGCGGCGGCUGGGGAGCAUCAACUGGUGGCGGUGGUUGGAGAGGUCCUCCAGGAAGUGACAGCUGGAGAGCACCAACUGGUGGCGGCGGCUGGGGAGCACCAACUGGUGGCGGUGGUUGGAGAGGUCCUCCAGGAAGUGGCAGCUGGAGAGCACCAACUGGUGGCGGCGGCUGGGGAGCACCAACUGGUGGCGGCGGCGGCUGGGGAGCACCAACUGGUGGCGGCGGUUGGAGAGGACCUCAAGGAAGUGGCAGCUGGAGAGCACCAACUGGUGGCCACGCCUGGAGAGGCCGUGGGACCGGGUGGCUGCGCUGGCGGUUGGACCGCACUGGCGGUGGGAACUGGUGGGACCGGUGGCUGCGCUGGCGGUUGGACCUGA